AGUCGUGGUCCACAUCCACAACCCGCCCUGCGUGCGCAGACACUGACAGAGAGCGAGCGAGCGAGGGGGGGAGAGAGAGAGCGCUCCUCCUCCUCCUCGGUUUCUUCCCACCACUCAUCACAAGCGAAGGUAAACGGUCUUCACGUCGGAGGAGACCUCUCGCCGUUUCCCCCCUCGCAUAAUGGAAACUGAAGUAAAGCAGCUGUGGUCCAUCCGUCUUCGGUACUUUUUCUCCUUCAUCAACGCGGCGCAGUUCCUCUGACCGGGCUUUUCCCCCCUCCUCUCCUCUCUCCCCCUUUAAAUAACUUCUUUCCUGGUGUGUGUGUUUUUUUCCAGACACGCUUUUAGAAAGAACCGAAUCUACGACUUGUAACUGAGCAGCUUUGGAACAAGACCGUGUUUUCUGGAUGGAGGAUUUUAAGUCGACGGUGCAUUAGCUGAGGUCAAGCUGGUCGUGAAGGUGCUGGACUCGCUCCCCCCCACGCCCCGAGCCGGACGCACCAUGGCGGCGGGAGUAGCGGCGUGGCUGCCGUUCGCCCGGGCGGCCGCCAUCGGCUGGAUGCCCGUGGCCAACCUGCCCAUGCCCGUGGCGCCGGCCGAGAAGAACAAGCGUCAGGACGAGCUGAUCGUGCUCAACGUCAGCGGGCGGCGCUUCCAGACCUGGAGGAACACGCUGGACCGCUACCCGGACACCCUGCUGGGCAGCUCCGAGAAGGAGUUCUUCUACAACGAGGAGACCAAAGAGUACUUCUUCGACCGGGACCCGGACGUGUUCCGCAGCGUGCUCAACUUCUACCGCACGGGCAAGCUGCACUACCCGCGCUACGAGUGCAUCUCCUCCUACGACGAGGAGCUGGCGUUCUUCGGCAUCGUCCCCGAGAUCAUCGGCGACUGCUGCUACGAAGAGUACAAGGACCGGAAGCGGGAGAACGCGGAGCGGCUGCAGGACGACCAGGAGGACAACAAGGACGCCAAGCUGCCCAACAUGACCUUCAGGGAGACCAUGUGGCGCGCCUUCGAGAACCCGCACACCUCCACCAUGGCCCUGGUCUUCUACUACGUCACCGGCUUCUUCAUCGCCGUGUCCGUCAUCACCAACGUGGUGGAGACGGUGCCCUGCGGCUCGGCGCCCAACCAGAAGGAGGUGCCGUGCGGCGAGCGCUACACGGUGGCCUUCUUCUGCAUGGACACGGCGUGCGUGAUGAUCUUCACCGUGGAGUACCUGAUGCGGCUGUUCGCCGCGCCCAGCCGCUACCGCUUCAUGCGCUCGGUGAUGAGCAUCAUCGACGUGGUGGCCAUCCUGCCCUACUACAUCGGCCUGGUGAUGACCGACAACGAGGACGUGAGCGGCGCCUUCGUGACGCUGCGCGUCUUCCGCGUGUUCCGCAUCUUCAAGUUCUCGCGGCACUCGCAGGGCCUGCGCAUCCUGGGCUACACGCUGAAGAGCUGCGCCUCCGAGCUGGGCUUCCUGCUCUUCUCCCUCACUAUGGCCAUAAUUAUAUUUGCUACUGUCAUGUUCUACGCAGAGAAGGGUUCAAGCUCCAGCAAAUUCACCAGCAUCCCGGCCUCCUUCUGGUACACCAUCGUUACUAUGACAACACUCGGGUACGGAGACAUGGUGCCCAAGACGAUCGCAGGAAAGAUCUUCGGUUCAAUCUGCUCUCUGAGCGGCGUGCUGGUAAUCGCCCUGCCUGUUCCUGUCAUCGUGUCCAACUUCAGCCGCAUCUAUCACCAGAACCAGAGAGCGGACAAGCGACGGGCGCAGAAGGUUCAGAAAGCGCGCCUGGCGAGGAUUCGCAUCUCCAAGACCGGAAGCUCCAACGCCUUCCUGCACAGCAAGCGCAACGGCCUGUUCAACGAAGCCCUGGAACUCACGCAACUUCCGUACAAGAUGAACCUUUCAGACCAGAGCUCCACCGAGGACGACCAGCGGCUAAGUAAGUCCACGUCUCUGUUAGAGAGCCAGCAUCACCACCUGCUGCACUGCCUGGAGAAAACCACUAACCACGAGUUCGUGGACGAGCAGUACUACCAGCAGAGCUACCUGGAGGCGGGGCUGCAGAGCUACCCGUCCCGAAGCCCCUCCCUCUCCAGCCAAGAUGGCGUCACGGGCACGUGCUGCAGCCGCCGCAGCAAGAAGCACCACGGCGCGUUGGCCAACGCCAGCGCGCCCGCACACAUGAAGCCCUUGGCCCACACGCACACGCACCAACAGGGCUUGCAGGAGCUCAGCACCAUCCACAUCCAACCGCUCAGCACCAGCCGCUCCAGCCUGAACAUGCGCGUGGACGACCCCGCGCCCCUCAACUGCCAGAGCAGCCAGAUCACCACGGCGAUCAUCAGCAUCCCCACCCCGCCAGUGACGACCCCCGAGGGCGACGCCCACCUGCCCGCAGGCCCCACCCACCAGAACAUUGUGAAGGUGUCCGCACUGUGAAGGCCAGGGUGCACGGCGCGGCACACAGAAAGACACACAAAGACUCAUGGAGACAAACUGAGGGGCAGGAGAGGAGGCGAGGGCCGAGUCCUAGUCUGGAAGGAGACCUAGUGUGGCCGUGGUGAAGCCUGCCCUCUGCUGGCCAUGCACUGUAAUGACGCGGGCUCCCUGUACAGAGGACGCUGGCUUUUACAUACAGUUUACUCAUGUUAGCGGUCGAGUGUGCGUGCGUGCGUGAGUGAGUGGAUGGAGGAGUGCGUGCAGGUGGGCGGUGGAGUGGAGUGCCUCAUCCACCGCUUUUCAUAGUUUGAGCUGGAGAACCGGGUGGAACGUGAGAGGAACCCAACUCGCUCCUGCUAGUUUAACCAGGCCCCUUUGUUUUGUGUCCACCGGCCCAUUUGCCCAGUGACUGAUAAAUAAGCCUCUUCAGGUCAGGACGUUCGGUAGGUUUGUCUGUGACGACGUUACCGCUGAGUUUCGUAUUCGUGAGUGAGCGUGUGACUGUUUUUGCCAGAUAGAGGACUUGUGACGUUCUGACUAGGAGGUACGUGCCUGCGUGCCUGCGUGCGUGCGUGAGUGACUGUGUUUGUCUCAGCCGACUGAAAACGUCUUCGUGGAGUCUCGACGGCUCACUCUUCGGUAUAUUUGACUAGCUGCCACUCGGAAAGGGUUCGCGGCGCGCGUUCCUAUUGGAAAUUCUCAGCGUCGGGCCUUUUUCCACGUAACGUGCCUGUUCUGCCCGAGUUAAAGGAGAUUUAUGUGCUUUUAGUUUUCCCAACUUUCCUCGUCCCCCUGAGUUAUUUUUCUUUCUUGGCUCUCGCAGCCCCGCGGACCUCAAAUAAAUAAUUCUCUAACACAAACCAAAAAAAGUCCAUUUUCAAUUUUAACCACCACAAGUAAAAGCACAAGGCGCUUGCUGAGAAUUUCCAACAUGAAUCUGUCCUGAGCCCAAGUGUGAAUAUUGUUAAUAGAAUAUUUUGUAAUAUUUGACCAUCGUUUGGCAGAACCAGUGAAGCUGUCCUCUUGUUCUCACUCUCUCUCUCUCGUUGUUGUCCUGUUGUGUCCCCACCUCCUGUGUGAACAACAGUUUGCUUUCAGUAGUCUUUAUAGCUGUUUUCUCUUCCCCAAACUCAGCGGGCAUUUUUUUCAAAGUUGUUAAGUAUGUGUAUUCUAUGUGGUUAGGAAAACUUGGUGUUUGUACUUUUGUCCUCCUUGAUGUUUCAAAUGAAUUUUAUUUAUCUUCUGGAGAACUUAAAAACAGGGACGUCUGUUACGGUGAGCGGAGAGUCGGAGGACGCCCUCCACAGCUCUGUCACCGAGAACGUGCGAUGCUGUCUGGCCUCAGCUCACAGACCCGUGGUGAAGCUCUAGCAUGACUUCUCAUCGAAUCCCAUCAAAGCUGACCUUUGUAAUUAUGGACGGCGACCUUUCAGGUCUGAAACCCUGCUAGCCCGCGCGUCUCCGUUGGCCUUUUUCAUCCUGAAUGUCAUUCCGAAUCCAAUAGCUCCAGAGGCAGUGCACCCACACUUCUUAUCCAUACAGAUGGAACAAUAUGUUGACCAAGAGCACACACACGGGCUGGAGAUGCCCCAGUAGACCACCACACUGGACAUGGCAGCCCAGAGCAUACUUUAAUAGCAAUACUGGAAUUGGUCUGAUGUUUUAUUGGCCCAUAUGUAGCUGAUGUUUUUCCUGUAGGAGUAGACUGUAUUUAAAACUGCCAAACCUGCAGCAAAAUGUAUCAUGGUCUUUUAAAAAGUUAUUACCUUAAGAUGGCUUUUACACACAUUUCUACUAAGACUUACAACCAACGCAUAUCAUCAUCACAUCGGCCCACUGGGGUGAAGAUAUAUAUAGCAUACUGUAUUUGUACCACAUCAGUGCAUCACACACAAGAAGUUAAGGUCCCUUAGACUCCUCUGUUGUGCUUUAGUUCUCUUUGACCCUGUGGUGAGUAAAACCCAAAGAAAGUCAAACACGUUCUAGAGCUGGAACAGGGCGUUCCGUUCCUUCGUAGUGACGUAGUGCUGCUGGUGAAUUAGUAUCGUGACAGUGACGCCAGCUGCCUAGAUGCAAUAUUAGUGUUUAGUCAAACUGUGCGCAGAUCAACUAAAAAAACAAAAAAAAUCAGACCGGCAAGUGUUUAAACACAGGGUUAGAGGCACCGAAUUCAUAUUCACGGCAUCAAAUCCAACAUUUAGAUUCUAUGGAAAACAACAGUAAGGUUCUGUAGGUAACAGCGGAAGUGAGCGUCCCUGUGUUCUGUUGCUAUAGGGCAGUGACUAAACGUGAUUUAUUUCCUGCUUCCCUGUUUCCAGACAGGUUGUUUUGUGUCAGCUGCAGUUUUCCAACUGACACUUUUUUCAAUUAUGACGUAAGCAGUGUCGGCGGAUGGCAUUUUUAUUUACAAACGACAAAAACAGAGGUCUGUGAUUGUGUUUGUGUCUCUUUCUCUGUUCUGUAUCCUCCUUUGUCUUUUUUCUGGGCUCUGCCACUUCUCCCUCCCACGUUUUGCUUUGCCCCUCUACGCCACCUGUCGUUGUUGAGAGUACUGCUGUGCGUAUCUUGUCAGGUGUUGGAUAUUAUUUAUGACUUUGUCUUGUGUCCCGACUGUGAAACGCCUGAUAAAACAUCUAUAUCUGCCACAAAUACAAAAACCUGUGGGUUCUCUUCUUCAAAUGACUGCGUUUUCUUAUAGAAAUACAGAAAUAAUGUUGGAAACAAUC